GCGUCUCCGAACCAGACCAGGUCUCCGCCCUCGUUCCAACUCGGCGCGGCCGCUGCAUAACCCUUUCCCCCCCUGCCAUGGUCUCCUCCACCUCUCGCCCCUCGUCGACCUGCCCCCCUUGACCCGACCCGACGACGCGACUUCACCGCACGCGGCCGCCGCCGUCGCCGCCACUCAGCGGCCGCCGACUUCGCGCUCCCCCAGUAACCCAGAUCCACCCCCCGUUUUUCUCCAGUAUUUCAGCAUGAUUGAACUUGCCCCCAACAACGAUGUGCUGGAGAAGUGCAUUAAAGACAUCCUCUCUCAAAUAAAACCGGCAGAUGAUGAUCUGAACAAAAGACUAUCUGCAAUUAAGGAGCUGGAAGUUUCCAUGCAACCAGUUGCAGCCUUGAAAGCUGCUGCUGCAAAACCUUUUGGAUCCUUUCUAUCAAAUCUAUACUCAAAAUCAGGAGAUUUGGAUAUAUCAGUUCAGCUCAUGAAUAGCUCAAACCUUCCUAUAAACAAGAAAAAGAAGAUAAGUAUCUUGAAAGCAGUAAGGACAGCUUUGCAAAGGGGAGGUGUUUAUGGAUAUAUGGAGUUCAUUCCUCAAGCAAGAGUCCCAGUUCUUCAGUAUGUGAGCAACCGCUUUGGCAUUUCCUGCGAUUUAUCCGUUGAUAACUACCCUGGUCGAAUUAAAUCCAAAAUCUUCUACUGGAUCAGUACUUUGGAUGAGCGCUUUGGUGAUAUGGUUUUAUUGAUCAAGGAGUGGGCAAAAGCUCAAAACAUUAAUGAUCCAAAAAGUGGGACCCUGAACUCCUAUUCGCUUUGCCUACUUGUUCUCUUUCAUUUUCAGACAUGUGAGCCGGCAAUCCUACCACCUUUGGAGGACAUUUAUGAAGGGAAUAUCACAGAAGAUUUUGCAGACAUGACGCUUUAUAAUGAGGAACAUCUUGAUGAGGUUUGUGCUGCAAAUAUAGCAAAAUUUCAAAGCCAGAACAAGGAACAAAGAAAUGAAAGCUCUCUUUGUCAUCUCCUUGCAACCUUUUUUCACAAGUUUUGUCACAUUGACUCCCUUUCGAGUGAUGUGAUAUCUACCUACACGGGUCAGUUCAAGAAGAUUCAGGACAUUCCAAUUUUGAGGAAGAAACCCUAUAGCUUGUUUGUCGAAGAUCCAGUUGAGAGGCCUGAUAAUGCUGCUAGAGCGGUUGGUGAGAGAGGGCUCCUCCUAAUUGCUAGCGCCUUCAGUGAUGCUAAGAACAAGUUAGCUUCUCUCGAGCAUACUGACCGAAACGACUUACUGGCAAUGUUGUCCACACCUGGUGUUUGCUCAAAACUUGGCGGAAGAGUCAUCGCUAACAAUUAUACAAAUACCCCGCAAAGUACUCGACAGCAUGUAAUCAACGUGGGAGCUAAGGUAUCUAAUAAUCAACGUCGCCCCAGAGCCAAAGGAUUUACAGGAAGCAGACCAGUCAAGAAUCCUACUCAGGCGAACACUGUCCAGAAUCCUACUCAGGUGAACACUGAUACUGCAGGGCGCCAAACGCCAGGACACCACCGAAAUCAUGACCCUCCUCAGGUUUAUGCUAACGCCGCAGUUCAUCAGCCAUCAAGACAGCCAGGGCUAUACACAAACCAUUAUCCCUCAUCGGCAUAUACUUUGGGCCGCCAAACAACAGGAUCAUACCUGAGUCAGAGCCAUCCACAGGCGCACACUACAUGGGGCCCGACAGGGGUACCAUACGAGAAUCAUAAUCAUCAACCGGCGUAUACCCCAGUGUACCAAGCAGCAGGGCCGUACUACUAUCCGAGUCAACAGCAGCCUCAUACAAGCGGGUUCCAAACACCAGGAUCAUACCAGAACGAGUAUCAGAGUCAGUCGCCUGUUCAUACAAGCGGGAUCCAAAGGCCAGGACCAUACAACUAUCAUAGUCAACCGCAGGGUCAUACAACUGGGGUUCACAUGCCAGGACAAUACCAGAAUGGAUAUUACAAUCAGCCAGUGUAUACUGCAGGCCAAGGAUCACACCAGAACUGGUGUGGGGCGCAAUACACACCCGGCCAUCAGGCGAGGUAUUAUAGGAAUGGGGUGACUACAAGGUACGAGCCUGUUGCUGGAGGGCUCCAGAAUGGACCGGCACGGGCACGGGACUCGCGGUCACAAGGUUCCUCAAGCCGUACGGAAUGGCGAGGAAGCAGCCAACAUCAGACCUGACCAGAACUGUUAGUCGCAGCAAAGAUAGCAAUUUGCUGUUUCCAUUGGCUGACAAAAUGUAUCGAUUUCGAUUUCAUGAUGUAUGUCAUCCUUCAUACUUUAGCUUGUCGCGGAGGCAAUGUAACGAUUUCCACUAAAGAUUUUGUGCAGAAUGUUUCGCUGGUGAAAUGUCACUUGAGAUGCCAAA